AUGUAUAACUUGAUACCACCUAAUCAUUUGAAGAAACAUGAUACACCACCACGCAAAAGUUUGAAAAGGCGUGCAAGUAGCAUCAUCGAAAGUUUGACCACCACUUUUAGUCAUUCUGGAAUUUCUUCAACUUCCGAUUUAUCCAAUAUAAAACCUCGAACUCCCAUUAUUAUUACUACACCUGAUUUAAAGAUUCAUACUAAAAUUGAAUUAAAUCAAUUUUCAGCUCUUACUCAAAGAAAGUUAAAUCAUCAUCAUAGAUCAAAACCAUCUAAAUUUAAAACACCUCAUCACUAUCAACCAAAAGAUACGUUAGAUUCGAAUUCUAAUAUUUCUGAUUCUAAAUCUAAUAUCUUUCAAGAUUUUUUAAAUUUAAAUUCGAAUUCUAAAAAUCAAAAAGAUAAACAAAACAUCUCAUUAAGAACAAGUCAAUCAAAAUCAUAUCAAAACCAAUCCAAACAUCCAUACCAAUCAUCAUCAAAACAACAUCACUAUCAUUACUCGAAAUCCAGAUUCACCCAACAAAAUACAAUGAGAUCUAAAGGAAUGAAUAUCAGUAGUUUAGAAGAGGUUAUGAUGAAUCAUUUUGGUUCGGGUGAUCAAACUUUUUCUUCUAAUCUUUCAUUUUAUAAUCAUACCAUGCCUCAUUCUAAGUCUGGUUUGAGUUUGAAUUCAAAUCGAAAUCAGAACCACAAUCAAAAGGAGAAUCAAAACUCAGAACAAAUGGUAAUCGAUGAAGUUGAUGAUCCAUUAGGACUCUUUUCACCUACUGGCAGAGUACCUGUGAAAAGAUCAUUGAAUCAAUUGAAUUCAAAACCAUUGGGAAUCAAAGUCAAAACUCAAACCACUGAUUCGAAACCUUUUUCGAUUUUAUCACCUAAUCCUUUUACUGAAACUUUUAGUGAAUCUUCGAAAAAACCUGAUCAAAGUUCACAAAAGAAUGAAAAUCAACCAAAAGAAGAAAACACUCCAACCUUAAGCCAAUCUACUGGAUCAAACUCAAUCAGUAGUUUCUAUUCAUUAAAUUCAUCUUUAAAUCAAUCACAACCUGCAACUGUAACUCAAACUCAAGCUCAACAAAGAUUACAAAUGACCUUCCAAAAUAGUUUAGUGAAUUUCAAUUCAGAAUCUAAAUCGGUUUCACCAAUUGAAAGGUUUUCGAUUUUAAAAAAUCCUUCAAACCGACAUGAAACCGGAUCUGUUUGGUCUAUGGUAAACCCUUCUGAUUCUUUACAAUCUUUAUCUUCUAAUAAUGUGGGGCAAAAUAAUCCUUCUACUACUACUACUAUUACGGGACCGGGGACUGCAAUGGGGAAUGGGACGGGGGCGGGUAGUAAUCUUCGAAUCAAUUCGUUGAGGAAAAAACUUUCUCAAGGUUUUAAAGGGAGUUUACAUAAAAGGUUUCGUAAGGCUUGAAAGCGUUUUUUUCGAAACCUUUCUUUUUGACUUUCUUGUUUUUUUUUCUCUGAACAUCUUGUAUUACUUUUUUGUACUAAUGUUGUGCUAAUGAUUUAUUACUUGAUACUAAUGCCAUCCUAAUGAUUUACUUCUUGAUACUAAUGUUGUGCUAAUGAUUUACUACUUGAUACUAAUGUUGUGUUGAUUCUUUGUACUAAUCUUUUUGUGCUAAUGCUAUGCUAAUUUUUAUAAUAUU